AUGGUUGGUGGAGUUGAGCAGGAAUUUGAUGCUGCCAAGGAACUUUUGACAUGUAUGGGAGCCAACGUGGUUUACUGUGGAGAAGUUGGAACAGGGCAGGCAGCAAAAAUUUGUAAUAACAUGUUGUUAGCUAUUGGCAUGAUUGGCACAGCAGAGACCAUGAAUCUUGGAAUAAGAUUAGGGCUUGACCCAAAGCUGCUGGCCAAAAUCCUGAACAUGAGCUCUGGACGAUGCUGGUCAAGUGACACUUACAACCCUGUACCAGGGGUUAUGGAAGGCGUGCCCUCCGCCAAUAAUUACCAGGGUGGAUUUGGAACAACCCUUAUGGCCAAGGAUCUGGGUUUGGCCCAGGACUCUGCCACAAACACUAAAACCCCAACACCUCUGGGAUCUCUUUCGCAUCAAAUAUACAGAAUUAUGUGUGCCAAGGGCUAUGCCCAGAAAGAUUUCUCAUCUGUCUUCCAGUUUUUACGUGAAGAGGAAAACUUGUGA